UAGUUUUGCGCCGUAGCGCGUGCUCUGUUGGCAAUAUGUCGGUGUUGCUCUGUUUGGCCGUCAUGCGGCGCGGCGGAAGUACAGUAACGAACGGCAACUACGGCCCAAUAAAUUGUGUUCGUUACAAUGUUUAUUAAAUAAUAUAUAGUCUUAACUUUCUUACGAUACAUGAACAAUGUAACCGGGAAUUGAUUUUCUUUAUUUUUUUUAGCAUAGAUUAACCCCUUUAUCAGUGAAAUGUGUGAUCAAGAAACCGAUUUAUAUUAAAGUGGACAACCAGUGUCAACUACCUUCGCGCAUGACUACAUUGUUUGUAUUCCAAUAGUACCUGUUGAGAUCAUGGGGUAUACUUUCCAUGUCUGGGUCCCGAUCAACAGGCUUAAAUAAGCGGCUGAUCGGGUUCCAAGAAUACAGUAUGGCUGGUUAUUAUAUUUACAAUUAUGCAAGGGGUGGUCGAUGGCAAUAAUCGGAACAACUCAAAUAAUUUUCGUCAGUAUGCCAACGCGGACCCGGAACCUCAUCGAUCGAAUAAUCGGAGAUAUUCAAUGUUGUUGUCGUCGUCGCCGUAACCAUGUUGCUGCAGUGGUCGUAGCAAAGAUCAUUGUACGAGUCGUUUUCGUCGCAGUAAUGUUGAUGGUCGCGGUCACAGUAAUCGUCGCUGUCGUCAUCGUCAAUCUGGUCAUCUCCUACGCUGAUGUCGGCACUGUUAGCAGCCGUCGUUGUCGCCGGAGUCGUAAAACUGUUCUUCUCUCUUCAAUACUCCUAACUGGAUUGAUGAUAUUGGUUUAAUUGAAAAAUUGUGUAUUGAAAAGGUGUUUGGGGCCUGUUUUUUUUACUCAUUGAUGUCCCGUGGAUAAUCCAAACGAAAAUUUGUGCACUUGUUUGUUUUGACAAUGUAAAAUAGCAUCUUCCGGCUAUGUUUUGUUAUCAGUUGGUAUCAUUUUAUGCUGUCAUUUUUAUGGUUGCGUAAAAUAAUAUCCCCCGCAUGUAGUUGGUGAUACAACCGGUGCUAUUUUACAUGGCCAUUUUGCUUUAUAUGGAGGCCCUGUAAAGGGCCGUUUUCCAACGGAAGUACUCCGUUACAACUAGGCUGAUAUGUCAGUUGAUGUCAGUGACGCAUGCAGAAUUUUACAAUGGUAAG